AUAGAAAGAGCACUGCAAAAAUCAAAAGGAGAGAAAGAGACACUAGACAAAGAAAUAAGUGAAGCAGAGGAGACACUGAGAGAACUAAAGGAGGCAUAUGAGAAAGUGAAAAAGCUGUUGGGGCAAGAGGAUUAUUCCCGAAGACGAAGGAGUGCUGCUAGCACAUCAUAUGAAAUGAUUAAUGAUUAUAAGUCGAGCACUAGAUAUAGGAGAAGGGAAGAAACUAAAAGCAUUUUAGAAUUUAUUCAUGGGGGUUUUGAAGCUUCAUUGUAUGGGGCAUGGGAUUUUUUGGCUGCCAAUGCAAGUAAUGAAACCAUGACCAAAUUAAUGAGUAGUUAUAAGAGGGGCCGAUUUCUUCAGGGUAUUUUUGAGAGAGCCAUUAAUGAUUUUCAGAAGUCAGAAGAAGUACUGAAACAGUCUGUGGCACUUAAAUAUCAGAGUUAUUUGUCUAGAAGAAAGUAUAAUCUUGUCUGUAAAACACAAAGUUCAUUUUUUAAUGCUGAAAAAGAAGUCUGGCUGCCACGUAACAUUAAAUGUCUUGGAGUUGACUUAAGGUUACCCAAGCUCAGCUUCUCAGAUGACAAUGUUGACAAGUUUGUGAAAAGUUUAGACAUUGGUCAUGUCACACAGAUCCCAGGGGUAUUAGGUGUUUCUCGCACAGUCACUGGCCUGGUGUUUAUGAUUAUUGAUUUGCACUUGAGAGUUCCCCAUCUUUCUCGUAAACUUGUCUGGUUCAAUGAAAAUGAAAAUGAUUUUAUUUUUCAGUUCUCAGAUGAUGGAGCUCCCGGAACAAAUGAGCUGACAAUGUCAAUAGGAAGUAUGGUGUGCUGGAACUUUGGAGAUCAGGUACGAAGUAGGGACUUCCAGUACCUCCUCCACUGUGUAAGUGUAAAAAAGAAAGAUCAAAUAAUGCAUGACCUCUGGAAGCAGCACACUGAAGAGAUGAAAAUGUUGGAAGGUAAUGUUUAGACUGUUUGUGAUAAGGAGUGCACUGUUGAAUUUCAGCCAGGAGCAGACAUGUCCUGGCAGAGCUGGGCUGCCAAUGAACUCAACCAGGCAGCUACAUAUCCUUCCCCAUAUGCAAAUGUUCAUAAAGGAAACAUGAACACUAUGGGGGGUAGUAUUGGAGUGGGUAAAGAUGACACCUGGAAGCCUUACACUAUGGAAAUGAGAACCUCUAAUACUGAGAAGGUAAACAAUUUUAUCGCCUCUCUUCCCCCAAACCUUUCAGAAAAAAAUAAAAAUUUCAGAAAAUUGCAGUUUAUGGUUGAAAAUGGCAUCCGACAGCUAGGUCUACCAAGGAUUGGGCAUUUUGCAGACAAGUUAAGGCCAGAACCCAUGCGCUGUGAGAUCAAUGCCUGGCAGCAUUAUAUUGAUCUCCUAUAUUUAGAAGCAGUAAGAAGAGGAAAGUUUGAUCCUUUUGUUUCUGCCCUGGCAGCACCUAUAGGGAAUAGAGAUGGAGAUGUUAAGGAGGGACAACCCCAAAAGACUCUUUUGAGGGUUUCUGAUAUAGACAGUGUUGGGGAGCGCGCCAGAAAGCAGGAAUGUUGCAGAAAUCAGAGGAGGACCUAAAACAAUACCUGCAGAAGACAGGUUUUCCUCAUGUAAGGCAUGCAACAGGUGAGGGGGGGUGUGGACUGGGAUACUUGGCUUCAAGAGUAAAAGAACAUUUUAGUGAUGAAACUAACAGGUAUAACAAGUUACCAGUUAGGCUUAUUGGCAAUCAAGCUAUUGCAUUGGCUCGAUAUUACUACCGUUUAGUUGACACUUUAGAAAAUGAAGAUGAAACAGAGGCACAAACAAUCCAACGACUGGCUCUUAGCAAGAUAGGUGAGUAUCUGAGGAAUGCUGGGGGGCUUUUUAAUAGAAUAGAGACCAAUUCUGCUCAGGUUGCAGAACUGAAAGAAAUGUGUAGUAUGUAUUUUAACCUGAUGUCUUUGUUUUUUUCAUCCAGUGUUAAUGUCACAACAUGGACAAUUGGAUAUGCCAUUCCCUAUCAUGCAAAUUUGCUGUUUACAGGGUAUGGGGUGGGCUAUGGCAUUGUCUCCUUGCAGGCUAAAGAGGCCAAACAUUCUGGAGUGAAGAAAGAUUUGACCUUAACUAACCGGUCAAAUGUUAGUACUGCCACUGGUAAAUGGUGGCAAGUAAUGCGAAGUAAUUAUGUUCGCUCAUUUUACCUCCCAGAACAUCAACCAAUGCCCUCUUCUUAUACCUCACACUACCAAUCACGUUCUCCACCACACCGUUACCAAUCAAAUGUUUGUAAUUGUUGUAGGAAUAAA